CAGGCCCAGGCUGCAGAGUCCAGCUGUCCAUGCACCACCAGCCAGGUCUUCCCAGGGAUUAAACGUGACAAGGGUGUCAAGCAAUGAGCGCAGUGACUGCCCAGCUCUGAUUCCUCGUUUGUAAAAGGAGAGCUGGGCGGCUGAGCCCAGAAGGUUCUUCCUGAGCUGACCUUGUAAGUCACAGGGAAUUGCAUCAUUUCCAAGUACCCAUGGCAGAUGACGGGGCCAUCCUCAAGGUCACCAGGGACCUGAAAGCUGCUGUCUCUGCCAUCCUCCAGGGCUAUGGGGAUGGGCAGGGGCCAGUGACAGAUGCCAGUGCUGAGCUGCACAGAUUCUGCGGCUGCCUGGAGCUGCUGUUGCAGUUUGACCAGAAAGAGCAAAAGAGCUUCCUGGGCCCUCCGAAGGAUUACUGGGACUUCCUCUGCACUGCCCUGCGGCGGCAGCGAGGGGACACUGAGCAGACUCGCUUCAUCUACUCACAGGAGAAGCUGAAGACCCCUCUGGGCAGAGGCCGCGCCUUCAUCCGCUUCUGUCUAGCCCAUGGACAGCUGGCCGAGUCCCUGCAGCUCUGCCUCCUGAGCCCAGAGCUCAUCAGGGAAUGGUACGGCCCUCGGAGCCCUCUCUUGUGCCCUGAACUCCGGGAAGACAUCCUGGACUCUCUCUACAUGCUCAAUGGGGUAGCCUUUGACCUGGACCUGCAGCGGCCGGACCUGGAUGGUGCCUGGCCCAUGUUCUCGGAGUCCCGCUGCUCCAAUUCCAGCUGGACCCAGAGAAGAAGACCCAGAAAGACCAAAGAUUCCCCAAAGAUCUUAGCAGCAUUUGGAGGCCCCAAAGGAGUCCAGCUGGAGGAGCCACUCACCACUCAAGCCAGCUGUCUACAAGAUGCCCCCAGAGGAGGCCAACCGGCUGGACUUCCCAGGUCUCAGCAACACAGACAUGUUCCCUCCUGUUUGGAAAAGCAGAUAAAAGAUUCCAGGAGCCUUGGUUUCCUCCAGGAGCAGGAGGAGCUUCAGCCAGACCUGGAGGAAGGAGCUCCAAGGUCCACCAAGAAAUUCCUAGAGAAGCCAAGAGCCAGCAUGAUGCCAAAGAAGGUGGGGGCCAAGGAGGCUCAGAAGGAGGUGACAGGGAUGGCAGCUGAAGGCACAGGGAUUCUGCCAGGUGCAGAGGUUCAGAGAACAAAAGGGGUCCAUGGAGAAGAAACAGAGUGGGGUCCCACUCAGAGGUUGCUGGUCUUCGGCCCCAGAGUGAAGACGGAGGGAGCAAUAGCAGGCAGCAGGCUGGGGUGGGAGGAGCCUAACAUUCUGGGGGAGUUCUGGGUCCCCCAGGACCCGGGAACAAAGGAAGACCCCACCACAGAAGAGCCACAAGAACAAAAAGGAGUGACUGGUAUGACCAGUGGGGAGGACCAAGCAGAGGAGCCCUUGCAGGACAUAGUCAAGAACCUCAGACUUGGGCUCCAGAAGGCUGAAGAGCAGACCCAGCGCCAGGAGCAGCUACUGAAGGCACAGGAGGGGGAGCUGCAGGCCCUUCAGGAGCAGCUCAGCAGAUGUCAGGAGGAGAGAGCCCGGCUGCAGGCACAGCUGGAGCAGCAGCACCAGGAGGCUGAGAGGAGGGACGCCCUGUACAAGGAGGAGCUCGGAGGGCAGCGGGACCUGGUCCAGGCCAUGAAGAUGAGGGUGCUGGAACUGACUCAUGAGAAGGACCGCCAGUGGCAGAGGCUGCAGCAGCUCUCCUCCGUGGUGCCCGCCGUCUGCGUUGGCUGCGGCAAGGUCUUCAGCAGGCUGUCCCGGCGGUAUCCCUGCAGGCUCUGCGGAGGCCUGGUAUGUCAUGCCUGCUCUGCGGAUUACAAGAAGAAGGAGCGCUGCUGCCCACCGUGUGCCCAGGGAGGAGAAGCCCAGGUCACCUGAAAGAGCAACCCAGGAUCAGCCACCCCGCACCUACAACCACACCCCAGUCCUCUCCCUUCCCUGCCUCUUCCAAGUCCUCUGGUCUGUCGGGCCUCAUGUUCUAGAAGCUGGUGAGCAAAGCAAAGCUGGUGCCGCACCCCAGUGUAGGGACAGCGGCAGUCGGGGUGACAGUCUGAAGACAUUUCUAGCCCUGCAUGUCCCACAUGGAUGAGCAGAGUAGCACAUGCCCCUGGCUCUCAGGGCUUUGCCACUAAUGUGAGGGAGGUGGCCUACAGCCUGUCUACAAAGUCCUUCAAGGCACAGAAAAUCCAUGGCCAUACUUAAAAGCCCAGGCCCUGAUGGUUCCCCAGAACCUCCCCCCAUCACCCAGCUGCGCUGCCUACCCCAUGCACAAGGAGUGAAGCUUGCACAGAUACCACUUCUGCAGUAGCUUCUGGUCUAAUCUGCUUCACGGAUCUGUGUUUGAUUCCUUUUGUUUUAACUUUAACAGAUUUACUGAGGUGCUACUGACAUAUAAUAAACGUGAUGGAAUUUUUGCAUUUUGAAAAAUCUGAGAAACCGUCACCACAGUCACUUCCAUGUCCAUCAGCCCCAAGGUUUGCUCACACCCUUUCAUGAUCACUGUCCCUCCAAGCCCAGAACACCACCAGCCCUGCUUCCUGUCACCCCAGACUAAUAUGUAUUUUCUAGAAUGCUAUAUAAAUGAAACCAUACACUA